UUGCUGAUUUGUCCGCAAAAUGGCGAAUUAAAACGAAUUUGAAAAGUUCACCGCAAAUCCGGGUGGAGUGGCGCAAGUUAGACUGGAACUUUGGAAGUAUAAUCGCAAUUGGUGCAUACGGCGUAUGGAACGAAAGAAUGCAAGUGAUUCAAUGUCAGGAAAAGGUCAGGCAGUGUGCGGGAACGACUUGUUUGAUUCUCAUGCUUUAUUUCUUGGAAUAACCUGACGGACUCAGAAGUACCACGGAAAAAAGCCAUCGAACUUUGAUUGUGUGUUGAACUGACGCGGCGAUAUCUUUCGCAUUAAAUUUUUGCGGACAUAGAAGCAACACAAACAAUGAAGAAGCCGCUAGUGUAAUUCACAUGAUCUCACAUUGCGUUGCUCGUGCUCUCGUCGUGAGAAAACCGCAGCUGUUCAACGGCAUCAGCGAUGUUACGAGUGCGCAGGUGUAAAACUCUUGGUAGGACAAAAUUAUUCAUUUUAAUCAUAUGUUUGUACUGCUUGAGUUACGUCAAAAAGCAGUUAUCUUUGCCACCAACUCUGCAAACGACUCCAUUGAAAAUGAGGUUGACAAACAUCAACUCGAAUGCAACCUUCAGGUAUGAAAUCGUCAGGGCAAACAUGAGUGCGUCUCGCAAAGAAAUGGGCUUGACUGAAAAUCAUAAUUUCAACCUAAGCCGGUUUAUGGCAUUAAAUGCGAGUAAUAUUGAUUUCGAUGAAGCCAUACGAUCUCUGAUUCAAAUUACUCACGAAGCCACUUGGAAAUGCCUGAAGACCGUGAACGUGGGUGGAAAACGAUACUGUCCCCACAACCAAGCCUCGAUCUAUGAUGGUUUCAAGCCUGUGUGCCUCGAUGAAGCUGUGAAGCCAAAACCCAAGUCGUGCAUAGUUCUGAGCUUCGGGGUGGGCUACGAAUGGUCAUUCGAUAACAUGAUUGCUCAAUACGGAUGUAAAGUAUUUUCUUUCGAUUUUAGUAUGAGAAAUUACACAAACUUCUGGUAUGGAGAAGGUAAGCAUUUCUUAACUUUGAUGCUCAGCAAUAAGACGACCGACAAGAUUACGUACACUAUAGGAAAAGGUGAAACCCGUGAUAAGAAAUUUCUUUUAAACAUCUCACAGCGAACACUGGAAGGUAUUUUGAACAUCUUGGAUUUGGCAGAAACCCAAAUUGAUUACCUAAAAUUAGACAUCGAAGAAGACGAGUGGGAAGUGUUCCUACAAAUAUUUUCAAGUUCAAAGAGGUCAUCGAUACUACGCAAAAUCAAUCAAAUCGUCAUUGAAAUUCAUUUAGAAUUUCUACUGAAUAUGUACGAAGAUCGUGACGCAGUCGUUGAUAAGGUGUACGAUGUUUUUGAGGUGUUGCAGAACUUGUCACUUGAGGGAUUUCGAAUGGUCAACUGGAUGCCAAACAAACAAACUGGAUCAGCUUUCAAAUACAGUAACUUGACAAUGUCUCUCUUCCAAGAACUACACUUCAUUCGUGUCGCUGGGUGAAAUUUCAUCAAAACAGAAAAUUCAAUACUUGUAUAGAAUAAAAUUAUAGCAAUAUUUAUUUAGUAUUUAGUGAGCAUUAAUAUUUUAGCACUCUGUACAAGGCAAGGUAGCCGAGAGGGUUGAGUUGAGGGAUGCCCACCGUUUGGAAGAGUAAGUUGUGGGUACUGUAUUCGCAGCUAACUGUAAAAAUCUCGUUGAAUCUGCAAAGCGGCCGGGUGACCAAGACUAGCAAGAUUGGCGUUUUAGGAUUGGCUGUGUAUUAGGUUUCAUACAAACUAAGGAAGUUCUGUUUUAAACACAGUCCCUUGAUGAGAUAAUCAUUUCAUUGCCAAAGUGGUGUGGUUUUUAAUUUUAUUAUCGAUGUGAUCAGCAUUGCAGCGUUAACCUCAGGUGCUGCAAUGUGCUUUGUUGAAAUUUAUACCUUAAUCUGUCAUUUUGUGGUCGAGAACAAUUCUUUAUAAUUUUUGUUAAAUAAAUCGUAUUUAAUUUCUAAAUAGCUCAGGUGACAUUAUGUAAAAAAGCUAAUACAAUUAGAGUAACGUUAGUUCUAAGUUAUAAUUUUUUCUUUCAAUUUUUUGGAAUCAUUAUCCUCCUUAUUGAAGAG